GUUUACUUUGCUGUUGAUGGAUUCUUAUUAUUGAAUAGACGAAAAAGUACGCCUGUUUUGAAAAAGUUAUCAUCUUAUACGAAAUAUCAGACAAUAAAGUUUGCCGAUAGCGCUGAGCUUCAGAUUUUAUAAUGUCGAUAUUCUCUGAGUUCCGUAUUUUGUGAUACAUUUUUACUAUUAGAGUGCAAUGGUAGCACCAAGUCGCAUGUUUUUCUCGUCGUAGUUCAUCUCUAGAACCAACCAGAAUAACCGAGAACAUUCGUUCUAGUUUCGCAAUUAUUUGUUCCGUUUUAGCAUUGCUAUAAAAUCAACUGUUUCUCACUACAAGCUGGACAGUUUAUUGUUGAAAACAAAUUCUUGAUAACAGUUGAGGGUGAAUUUGUCGUAAAAUGGUUAGUGAAAUCAUGGCAAAAGAUCAGGAAAACCCAAACACUUGUAAAGAGAAGGGUAACGAGGAAUUUAAAAACGGCUCGUGGGAAUCCGCCUUGAUGUGGUAUACCAAGGCAAUCAAACUUGGUGAGAAGCACAAAGAUCUACCAGUAUACUACAAAAAUCGUGCAGCGGCGUACCUCAAGCAGGGUAAUUUCGAGAAAGCUCUAGACGACUGCAGCAAAUCAUUGGAGGGAUGUCCAAACGACCCGAAGGCUUUGUUCCGAAGGUUUCAGGCAUACGAAGGUUUGGAAAGAUUCGAAGAAGCUUAUAAAGAUUUACGUACCGUUCACACCCAUGAUCCCAACAACAAGACCAUCAAACCGCAUUUGGAAAGAUUACAUGAAAUAGUGCAGGAAAGAGCUCGCGCGAGGGCUCAAACAUCGAAUAAGGUAACCCAGAUGUUUCAAAUUGCCUUCGAUAUAACGGCAGCUAUUGAUAAAAGGGAACAAGCAAUGAAUAAUAUAGUUGUACUUGCUCGUGAAUCUGCUGGAGCUGAAGUCAUGCUAAAGGAAGGAUUGAUAACUCGUAUCGGCAAGCUGUUGAAAGUGGAAAAGAAUAACAGUAUCGUAGUAAAUGCUAUUCGUACCAUCGAUGAAGUGUGUACCAAAAGCCAGGAUCGCACGAAAACGGUUAUAAAGGAACUGGGUAUUCCAUGGUUUUUGCAAAUCCUUGACAGCAACAUAGAGGAUCGGGUGGCAGCUUCACAGCAUUGCAUGCAGACUGUAUUAAAUUCGCUAACAGGCAUGGAAAACAAGGAAGAAUCAAAGCCGAUUAAAGAACUUGUUGAUGCCAACCAGAGCCUGAUCGAUACUCUGCUAUCAUGUUUGGUAUAUUCAGUGACGGAUCGUACGAUAACAGGAAUGGCGCGCGAUGCAAUUAUAGAAUUAUUGAUUAGAAAUGUACAUUACAAAACAAUCGACUGGGCGGAUAAACUUGUAGACAUGAAAGGUUUGCUACGGCUGAUGGAAGUCUGUUCCGAACUGGAAGAGUACAAGUAUGAGAGUGCGAUGAACAUAACGCCUUCGUCGAGAACUAUUGCGUCUGUUUGUUUGGCUCGUAUCUACGAAAACAUGUACUACGACACCGCCCGUGAAGUGUUCACGGAACAAAUAUCGGACUUCGUUAAGGACAAAUUGCUAACACCAGAUCAUGAGUCAAAGGUGCGUGUAACAGUGGCAAUCACAUCGCUGCUUCUUGGGCCCCUUGAUGUGGGAAAUACGAUGGUAUCGAGAGAGGGAAUUAUGCAGAUGAUUUUAGUUAUGGCACAAUCGGACAACCUUUUGGAACAGAAGGUUGCCUGUGAGUGCAUCAUUGCAGCUGCUUCUAAGAAAGAUAAAGCUAAGGGACUUAUCCAAUCCGGAGCGGAGAUUCUCAAAAAGUUAUACACAUCUAAAAAUGAAGAAAUCCGUGUUCGCGCUUUGGUUGGUCUCUGUAAGCUGGGUAGUUCCGGCGGACUGGAUGCUUCGAUUCGUCCGUUUGCCGAUGGUUCGACUAAAAAACUAGCCGAGGCCUGUCGUAAAUUUUUGAUCAAGCCUGGUAAGGAUAAAGAUAUUCGCAAGUUUGCGGUUGAGGGGUUGGCUUAUUUAACGCUGGACGCCGAUGUAAAGGAAAAGCUGGUGGAGGAUCGACCGGCUAUCCAAGCAUUGAUAGAGCUCGCUAAAACAGGAGAUCAGUCUGUUAUUUAUGGUGUGGUUACAACACUGGUCAACUUGGUUAAUGCUUACGAGAAACAGGAGAUACUUCCAGAGCUUAAACAGCUUGCCACCUUUGCGAAACAUCAUAUUCCCGAGGAACAUGAGCUUGACGAUCCUGAUUUUGUUAGUGCGCGAAUCAUUGUGCUGGCAAAUGAAGGUAUCACAGCUGGUUUGGUGGCGCUUUGCAAGACAGAAAGCGAUAACAGUAAGGAAAUGAUUGCUCGAGUGUUUAAUGCACUUUGUGGUGAACAGGAGGUUCGAGGUAAAGUUGUACAGCAAGGUGGGGCGAAAGUACUACUUCCUUUGGCGCUGAAAGGAACCGACAAUGGGAAACGACAUGCUGCGCAGGCUCUGUCACGCAUUGGAAUUACCAUCAAUCCAGAGGUGGCAUUCCCAGGUCAAAGAAAUUUAGAAGUUAUCAGACCAUUCAUGAACCAACUUCAUCCGGACUGUUCAUCAUUGGAGAACUUUGAAGCGUUAAUGGCCCUGUGUAAUUUGGCUGCUAUGAAUGAAUCUACAAGACAACGUAUUUUGAAGGAUUAUGGACUUAAUAAAAUCGAAUCGUACCUGUCGGAAGAUCACGUGAUGCUUCAACGUGCCGCCACUCAAGUCAUCUGUAACUUGGUUCAAUCUCCGGAUGUCAUUGAAAUCUACGAAAAAGAAAACGAUCGCGUGAAAUUGCUUGCUCUGCUUACACAAGAGGAGGAUGAAGAAACUGCCAAAGCGGCAUCUGGAGCAUUGGCCUAUCUCACCGGGAUGAGCGAGAAAUGCUGCGAGAAGAUGUUUUCUCCGGCUUCUUGGCUUGAGAUUUUCCAAACUCUAGUAGCUAAUCCAAGUCCAGACGUUCAGUAUCGUGGAAUGGUCAUCAUUUAUAAUAUCGUCAAGACAAACAAGGUACUCGCGGAAAAAGUUUUCGAUACAGAAUUGCUGCGAAUGCUGUACGGUGCUACACAACUGAAUGAUGAGAAACGUGCCAAAGCGAUCAAAAUGGCAGAACAGUGCCUUAAAAUAGCAGAAGAGUAUCGACUGAUUGAAGAGAACAAGGAUGCUGAUCUCGAGCCGGAUGUUUUCCAGCAGCAUCAGGAGGCGACUAUCGAAGAAGUCAAUGAUUGAGAGCAGAGUGGUUCCAAUUUUGGCCGUACUUAAGUGCAUUAAUGAGGAAGGAGUUUCUUUCAUAUUUUAUAAUUUAUUUAGAAUUCCUCCUAUAACCUUUUAGAUAUUAGAUAUAAAUUUAUUGUGUAAUGAAUAAAUUGACAUCUUUAAUUAAUUUGACACCUUUUGGUAAAAUGACAGAAAACUCAUUCGAAGCUCUAAACUCACCAAAACUUAUAACACGCAAGCAUACAGCUCUUUUGAUGGUAUUAAUUCAAUGGUGUACAUCCUGCUUCAUGCAAUCAAAGGACGUUUGCUUAACGAAAAAAAACUACUGAUAUAUGUUUAUGCAUUCAUUGUGAUGGAAACCGUAAAUCCACUUAUUGACGAUGUCAAAAAAAAAAUCAUAGAUGCUAAAA